GUUGAUUGGAAGUAAAUUUCAUCCUGAAAAAAAACCGGGAUGAUUCAAUGGAUCCACUAUUUUCUCUGCGCAAUUGGCAUGCUGCUCUUUGUAAUACAUAUUUUACAAACGAUCGAUAGACGCGGACGAAUAUUUCGUGCCUUAAAUAAGUUUGCCGGGCCACCGAUACGACCUAUCAUCGGAACACUAACCGAAGUCCUAUUUCUGAACCAAGCGACAACCUUUCAGCGCGCGCGUGCUUGGCCAAAACGAUACGGAGGUUCGUAUCGAUUCUGGGGAAGCCGCUGGACGGCCGUUCUGAAUGUAGUGCGAGUGAGAGAGGCGGAGCCUUUAUUGGCCAGUGUCAAAAAUAUCGACAAAAGUCGAUUCUAUAAAUUCUUGCACCCGUUUCUUGGAUUAGGACUGCUGAAUAGCAAGGGAUCCAAAUGGAUGCACCGGCGUCGAAUUCUGACGCCAACAUUUCACUUCAACAUUCUUAACGGAUUUCAUCAAACAUUUUUAGAAGAGUGUGAACAACUAAUAUCAACAUUAAGCUGCCAUGCCAGCUCAGGCAAAACUACAGAUCUACGACCAAUUAUGUCCCGAUUUACUUUAAGUACAAUUUGCGAAACCUCCAUGGGAGUGAAGCUAUCUUCAAUAUCAGGAGCAGAUGAGUACCGACAAAAGCUGUACCGGAUUGGUGAGUUGCUGCUGUAUCGACUAAUGCACCCCUGGAUGCACAUUGGUUUCAUUUGGAAAAUCACUGGCUAUAAUCGCGCUCUCAACAAAUUGCUUCGACCUGUUCACGCGUUUACAACUAGCAUUAUAAACCAAAGAAGAGCCCAAUUCAAGCAAAUUUCAGACCACAUCGAGGAUUUGACCGAAGAAAACAUCUACAUGAGCACAAGGAAGCGGUACGCCAUGCUGGAUUCACUUCUUUUGGCCGAACAGAAGCAGCAAAUCGACGAGGAAGGUGUUCGCGAAGAAGUUGAUACGUUCACUUUCGAGGGUCAUGACACUACAGCGUCGGCACUGGUGUUCAUAUUCUUCACCCUGGCACGCGAACCGGCGGUUCAGGAACGAAUCUACGAAGAAAUCAGUGCAGUUCGCGCUAACAAGACCAGCGAAGCAACGAAGUGGUUUUCUCCUCAGGAUUACACCGAGAUGAAGUUUAUGGAUCGAGCGAUAAAGGAGUGUUUACGUCUGUGGCCACCGGUGCCGUUCAUCUCCAGAGCCGUUACCGAGGAUAUCGUUUUGUCCGACGGGAAUAUCAUACCGGCGGGUGUGCUUGUGAACGUUCACAUUUUCGACCUACAUCGUGAUCCGGAACAGUUUCCCGAUCCGGAUGAAUUCGAUGCGGAUCGUUUUCUGCCGGAGAACGUCGAACGCCGCAAUCCGUAUGCGUAUGUGCCAUUUAGUGCGGGACCAAGAAAUUGCAUCGGUCAGAAGUACGCCAUGAUGGAGUUGAAGGCGGUUGUGGCGCACACACUGCUUCAGUUCAAGGUGUUGCCAGUAACACGUUUGGAAGAGAUUAACUUUGUUGCCGACCUAGUGAUACGAAGCACGAAUCCGAUUGAAGUUAGAUUCGUUGCACGAAGUUGAUUGAUGCGUUUCGUAAACAGAUGCGUUCAAUAAAAAUAAAAGCUUUGAUUGAGAAUUUUAUUUAGUGCUUAGAAACUAUCAAUAAUAUACGUUGCGUAAUAAUACACAGUGUACACAUACGUUAUAAAACGUAGUGGCAUCAAUCGGAUUAUCUUUGUAAA